AUGGGGCCCGGGCUUGGGCAUUUCUUUGUGUCGGGAGUUCCAGGAUCGUUUUACGGCAGGCUAUUGCCCUCCAAGAGUGUUCAUUUUGUUCAUUCUUCCUACAGUCUCAUGUGGCUCUCAAAGGUUCCUGAAGGCGUGGAAAUGAACAAACCGAACAUUUACGUGGCAAGCAACAGCCCGAAAAAUGUGAUUAACGCUUACUAUGAUCAAUUUCAAAGAGAUUUUUCGACAUUUCUCAAAUGCCGGUCGAAGGAGGUUGUGGCCGGCGGGAAAAUGGUAUUGACCAUUUUGGGCAGAAAAAGUGAUGUUCCUUCUAGCAAGGACAGUGGCUACAUUUGGGAGCUUAUGGCCAUAGCUCUACAAGAAAUGGUUUAUGAGGGACUCGUUGAAGAAGAGAAACUGCAUUCAUUCCACAUCCCUCAAUACACACCAUCAGCCAAAGAGGUCGCAAUAUUAGUUGAAAAGGAGGGGUCGUUCAUUAUCAAUCGCCUUGAGGUCUCGGAAAUCACUUGGGCCGCUUGUGGGGAAGACUUUUGUUCGUCAGAUUCAAGUCGAUCGGGUGCGGAUGGGUACAAUGUGGCUCGGUGCAUGAGGUCCGUGGCCGAACCCUUGUUGGUGGAACACUUUGGUGAAGCAGUGAUCGAUCAACUGUUCAAAAAAUACGAGAAUGAUGAAUGA